AUGUUUCUCUUUGUGUUUCCAACGUAUGCUAUUGUGCUGACUCUCUUUCUAGGCCCGCUUGGGCUCAUUGCAUCUUUUCUCUCGACGCUCCAUCUUUCUCGGAAAAUUGUGUCGCUUGUCCUGAAAUUGAUAUUGUUUCCAAGGUUUCAGAGCGUUAUGUUUGAUGCUAUUUUGAGCAGAGAGGGUCUCUACGAUGUGGUGCAUUGCCACAACAUCAUGAAGGAGCAAUCGAAAAGAAAUUUUGAUUUGCCGAGCCUACUUUUGACUAAAUUUCUUCCAACCUUUGCUGCUGAAUUGACUCUUCUUGUAGUUCAGUUCAUACCCAUCCUCGGUCCUCUCAUUAUAUUGGUAGCGAGAGCGCCAGCAAAAGCGUAUGGGAUCCAUGAAAGAUAUUUUACGCUCAUGAGAUGGGACGACCAACAAAAAAACAAAUGUUAUUGGCAUUUCCGUCUCGAGUACAUUCAGUUCGGAUUGAUGGCACUGGUGUUGGAAUUGAUUCCAGGUCUAACAUUUUUCUUUAUGUUUACUAGCAACGUAGGGAUGGCGCUUUGGAGCGUGGAUAAUCAUGAGAAACUUGGCGAAAUUGGCAGACCGACAAGCUCGCAUGGUCCAAUAAUGAAAGAGCCUACGGCCCAGGACCUACCCGAUCUUUCUGAAACUGAGAACCCAAAUGUCGAGAUAAUAGCCAACGAGGUAAAGAAAAGAGAGUAUCUCAGAUUGCCAAUCAAUUCGGUGAAGUCUAGAAUCUGGAAUGCAAAAACUACCCUUGCAGACUAA